UGGCGCUUAUAUGGAUUCUUUUUUUUGCUGUUGCUACUUUUAUGAGCUGAACAAGCGAACUCCGACGGCAAGUGUGCUUGCAAUGCGUUCUAUACUGUUCAGCAAUCGGAUGCUGAUAGGUAUUGGGUAAGCUUUUUUGUUUUUGUCUUGCCAAAUGCAGUUCACUUUUGCUUCCCUCACAGUGGCGUGCGGAUUAUCUUUCGAUUAGGCUUCCAGUGUGCCAGUUAUCCAGUAGUUAUAUAGUUUUAUAUCUCAAUUAUAGAUAGACCACCUCGAAUUAUCUGACGGUUUGUUUAUGGUCGAUAAUAAAACUACUCGUACCUAUGUCACCUCGUAUCGAUUGUGAAAUCGAAUCGAGGUUUUGUUGCAAACUGAAAAGCGUUGAUUGGUUAUGGUUCGUUGAUCGAUUAUUUUGUUUGUAAGUGGAUAGUUUUAUAGGAUUUAUUGAUCUUUAGCACGUUAGGGUAAGGUACGUAAAAAACGCUAAAAUUAUCUUUAAACUUCAAAUUUGCGCCGAUUUAACAAUUAGCCAAAUGUGACAGCUCAGUAAACGAUUAAAUCAAUCCACAGUCGUCGUGGUGCGAGAUCGAAUAAAGCGAAUUAUCUGAUAGUGGCUGCCAUUCCUGCACCUGAUCGAUAGAACCCCACACAUAGGUACACUUGCUGACAGAGUAGAUCGUGUCGCGUGAUUAAAAGCCCACGCAGUAGGCUUUGUGAUAUUUUCAACACACAGUCUGACAACCGUUUGGCAGAAUAACAUAUUCCCAGUGCGAGCAGGAAUAUCGUCCAGGACGAUCGGGUUGACUAAGGUUCAGGUUAAGAUCAACUUAGCACACAAUUUAACGCAACCAGUGCUUUAUUCAAUUUCACGCUUUGGAGCAUCGAACGAUACGUACACACCGUGGAGAGUUUCAGUUCUUCGACUUGGCAGUAUGGACAAAGACGCACUGAUGUUAAGCAACGAGUCGGGAUUUCAAACUGAUUGGAAAACCCUCUACCAUCGGGAUGCAUUACUUUGGGCGUCGCACGAAUUUGAAACCGAUUCCAUAAUGAAGUCCUUGGUGGAGCUGGUAUUUUGCCUUACGAAACAGUUUAAUCUAUCGCCUGCGGUAGAGUUUACCACAAUUGAUACGCUAGAACUGCUGCUGAUACGCACCUUUCAGAGCUGGAUGAAAUCAUCUUCGGCUGGUUCGGAUUCGGUGGAGCGUAAAAAAGGUCCUUUUUUGCGACAACUCCCCAUGUACGUGGUGGCUGUGGUUGACAUCGUUGCCAAGUACAUACACAUUGGCAUGAAAUUGGAUCUUGUAGCUCUUAAACGAGCGGCUAAAGUGAGCGAUUCCUUUACAAACAUGCUUGCUGUGGAGUUUGAAGUCAUUAAAAUUUUGGACAGUGAGCUUCGAUCGUCACUGCUGCUGGGAGCCUUUGAACGUUUUUCAAAGCAAUAUCUAACGCCACUGAAUAUAGCGAGUAAUGAACACAUUUGGAACAUUGGACUCAGGUUAUUACGUUUGGUUACAGCCGAACGAACACUUAUUUACAAUAGCUUAAAGACAUCGAUGAAGGACAAAGAAUGCUUUCGACGCUUUAAAGCCAACAAACUGAUUCUUGCCGGUGCGAUCAUCAUCACCGUACUCUACGUUAUACCGGCAACGCGCCAUAGUAAGGCGAUCCUCAACCAAGUCAUCGAACCGCUCGCUGACGAUUGCUGCGUACAGGCAACGAAUCUGAUUUAUCUCCGGGAUGCAGUAUUGCGUGUCAUUGGCGGCCACUGAGCAAAACCAUCGGCAACUCUUUAAAAGGUGGUGUCGUUGGCCGCCGUUCGUGCAUACUUUAUUUGCAUUCGAUGUAAAUUAAACCAGAGCAGACCAUGUUAAUAUUCAUUACAUAUUCCUAGCGUGCUUUUUUAUAUUUGGCUUUCGUUCGAUCUGGAUCAUAGACUGUCGCUGAUUGGAGAUUGGUUGAGGCGAAUGCUGCCAAAGAGCUUUGGUUGGAGGGAUGGAAAGAUGAAACGGAUCUGUAAUGUCAGAAACGAUUGAAUCGUCAACGGGGAGAGCGUGGAAUGUAUUUUUUUCCAUCCUCAAGAUCGUUUCACAUCAGAAUCUUUGUUUUUUUUUAUUUUGAUGCCAAUACACUUGCUGGUGUGCAUUUCCGCGUUUUUGACACCUGUCGAAGGGGUGGCAGAAUUGAAAUGAUGUGGUAAUUACGGUACUGGGUAAUGAUAUGUCCGGGAGGCAAAAGCUGUAAUGUCUGUUAACUUUUAAGGCUAAAAUUUUCUUAUGCAAAUACAAAUGCUUCCAAGAAAAUGAUCCGAUACGUAGCAAAGCAGGAAGAAGCGUGUUUGAAUAGAAAAAAAUACGUGUUAUUUAUUUACACACCUUUGACCACAGAGCCGUUGUUCUGAACAACUUGUCCAAACAGCGAUUUCUUCCAAGAACCACCCCUGAACUGGGUUU